AUGGUUAGUGUACCUGAUUUUUGUCAUAAUAUUAAUCUAACAUUUAAUGAAACAUCUUAUCAAUAUUUAUCUGAAUGUUGGACUGAAUGGCGAAUAUCUGAAUAUUUACGUAUAUAUUUACCAUUAAUUAUUUUACCUAUAUCACUUAUAAGUAAUUGUUUAUCAUUUUUUGCAUUAAGAAGUCGUCAUAUGCGUGGAACAGCAACAGCAUAUUUUAUGCUUUUACUUAGUAUUCUUGAUCCACUUGUAUUAUUAACAAAAAAUCUUGUUUAUUAUCCAACAUUUCUUUCAGCUCAUACAAUAUCAUGUCGAUUACUUUAUUUUCUUAUUUAUGUUGUUGGUUAUACAACUGUUUGGAUACUUGUUAUAAUGACGGCUGAUAAAUUUGUUGCUGUAUGGUUUCCACUUAAAGUUGCAUAUGUUUGUACAAUACGUCGAGCUAAAUAUGUUUGUAUAUUUCUUGUUAUACUAACAAGUAUUGUAUCAUUUCAUCAUUUUUGGACAAUAACAACAUUUCCACAUCCAAAAGAUAUUACAAAACGUGUUUGUUUUUAUGAUAUGUUACGUUAUAGUUAUAUACAACAUAUAUGGCGUUAUAUAGAUUUAUUUAUUUGGUGUUUUUUACCAUUUAUUCUUAUAUCAACAUUAAGUAUAUUAAUUAUUUUUAAAUUACGUCAAAAAGGAAAUAAUUCAAAUCAAAAUCUUGAAAAAAUUAUGCAUAAAAAUAUUAAAUCUCGAGAAGUUGAAAAUGGAAAUCGUUUGAAUUCAAAUAAAAUAAAUAAUCAAGAUUUAAUAAUGCGUAGUCAUCAAAAAGUAAAUAUUAUUCGUUUACGACAUCGUCAUAUAACAUUUAUGUUACUUGCUGUUGCUGGUGUUUUUCUUCUUUUUACAUUACCUAAUAGUAUCUAUUUUGUACUUGAUAUUACAUAUGGUUUUAAUAAAAGACCAACAACUAAUGAUUAUUAUCAAUGGUUACGUCAUCGUCGUUUAAUUAUUUUAACUGUACUUAUGUAUCAAUUAAGUGAUUUACAACAUGCAGCAAAUUUUUUUAUAUAUUUAUUAGCUAGUGGAAAAUUUCGUCGAUCAGUUAUUAGUACAUGUAUAUCAAUGAUAUAUAUAUUACCUGCAUUAUUAACAUGUUCAUAUCAACGUAGAACAAAUUUAAAACAGUAUUCAAGUAGAAGACUUGAUAGAGACCACUUUGAUAUGUCAUCUCGUCCGAGUGCAUCUGAUAUGUCAAAUAUGAUGCGACCAUCACGAGAUACACUUAAUAAACAACAACAACAAACAAAACUUAAUGACAAAUGUCAAGCAUUUUUAUCAAAAUCAAUUGCAAGUGACAUAUCACAAUAUGAAAAUAAGAAAGUAACUUUUUGA